AUUUCUUUAAUGUAACUAAGUUAUAAGUUUCAUAAACAUGUUGAGAGCAGCUAUGAAAAUUUAAUUAAACAUGAACAAAAUUCUUUCCGUCUAAUCCCUCCCCUCCUGACAAAGAGAAUAAACAUUUUUUUAUAAUAUCUAACUCCCGCAAAGAUAUUUAAUAAUUGUUAACAUUUUUAAGUUUGCAGCUAUCCACGUAGCAAAACAGUGUUCGACUGCAUUUGAUGGUUGUAAUCUAACGCAGACAAAAAUUGUGAAGAAGUGAUAGCUGGCAAAAUUAACGAUUAAUAAACGAAGCAAAAACAGAAGAAAACUCAAUGGAUCCUGUAACGGUAGGUAUUAGUCUGUUGGCGGUAGUUGCAAAAAGUGGGAAAUCACUACUGGAACUAUUAGGUGUAAUUGAAAGCAACUUAGACGCACUAAAAGGAAUGUGUAAAAAGGAUGUACAAAGUAGCCUCUGUCAUUUCGAAAAAGGCAUUGAAAGACUGAACCUCGCGGAGUCUAAAAAAGAAGAAUUGGAAAAAAUAGAAGAGCGACAGAAGUUGGCUCAAGAGUCUUUUAUAGAGGCAGACAAAGAAGCAAGCAAUGCAUUUCACAACGAAUCAUUAAAAAUUGAAGAAAGAAUAAUAGCGUGCUUGGUUUGCAUCGCAAGUUCUAUCCUACGACAUUAUAAUGAUAGCGAGGCAGCAGAAAAGGAUUCAAUGGUAUACCUAAAAAUAUUACAUUCAUUGCCCGAAAUUGGAAAGAUGUUUUCAAAAAUGAAACCAGCACUUUUCAAAGACGAGAGGGCUAUAAACGUUGACAAUGUAAUAAUAAUCAAUUUAUUGUUGGCGAAUUUCAUGUCCAACAACCCAUCCAAAAGUUACGCAGUUCUUGAUUGGCCAUUGAUUAAAUGUGGUGAGAAAAUGUUUCAUCCUUUGUAUUUUAAAGAAGUUGAAGGAAUCGCGAGUUCCUCAACACCUUGGCACGAAUAUCAUUUUUGCAUGGAUGAAAGUGACCUAUUUGUCUACAAACAAAUCACAUUAACCAACGAAGGAGAAAUGCUGAUUAUUUCUGGAAAAAACCUCCAAAAAGUCGACAGUGAAACAGGAAAGCUUCAACCGUGGUGUAAAGAAAGUUGUGAGAUUGAUGAUUCGGAAGUUAAAUGUAUGACAGUUGGUAACAAUGGCGUAUAUGUUUUUCUGGUUGUGAAAGUAAAGACUUAUCAAUUUUCAACAAGAUGGCACAAUAACAGUCUAAUUAAAGUUCCGGCAACAAAGACGGACGAAAUCUGCUCAUGUCUGUAA